AGCGCCCUCUAGGGACCGAGAUCUGAUGAAUGUGACAACCAACCCUGUUCUCCCCUAAGAGGAAGGGAACCUCCCUGCAGCUAGAGGUCAGACUACUGUGGUACACGUCGUUCGUCGCAGCCCCGACUGAUCACUGUGUGUCAGAGUCUUGAGGAUGAAGAUCGCUGUGCUGGGAGCCACUGGGCAGACUGGACAGUAUCUGGUCAACCAGGCGCUACAGCAGGGUCACACGGUCACUGCCAUCGUCAGGAACCCGGGGAAACUUGCCGUGCAUCAUGACAAUCUCAGGGUCGUGGAAGGUGACAUUUUCUCAGAGGAAAGCCUGAAGUCUCAUUUUAAAGGACAGGAUGUCGUCAUGUCCUGCCUCGGCUUCCCAACAUCCUUCUUCUCCGCGGUGACGGGUUACACCCUCUCCAUGAGUGCAAUGGUCAACGCCAUGCGGCAGGCCCGGGUCAGCAGGAUCAUCACCAUGACGUCCUGGUACACUGAGCCUAACUCUGGAACUCAGUCGCCGUACCUCAUCCGGUUCCUCCUGCUGCCGAUGAUCCGCAGCAUCCUCACCAACAUGUUCGAGAUGGAGCAGUUUCUGCAGAAGUCCGACGAUAUCAACUGGACCGUGGUUCGCCCACCUGGUCUCAAGAACCUGCCCGCCUCAGCUCAGGAGUUUAUGACACAUGAAGGAUAUUUUGUGCCCGACAGCAGCGGCAGCUCAGUGGCAAGAGGAGACGUGGCUCGCUUCAUGCUCUCUCUGCUCAAUACCAACGCCUGGGUGAAGAGUGCUGUUGCCGUGACUACCAAAUGAGAAAGAAGAAGCUGGUGUUGGCAUUAUUGAAGGGUUGCUUCACCCAAAUUAGGCUACAUAAAACACUUUUUCUUACUUGGUGCAGAUAGGUUUGGUUUAAGUUGUCCUGGUUUUAAGUAUUGAUUUCUGUAAAGUUUGCCUCCAGCCAAAAUACCCUUGAGGUGAAUGUAACAUUUUGAUUGAAUGCAUUUAAUAAUUACAGCUAACAUCUAACUGGUGAACAUAUUGGAGCAUUUAGCAAGUGAAUAGCCUGAUGUUUAUCUGGAGGGCAGAGACGUAAAGUGAAUGAAUAUUGAAUGUUUUCAGGUGAGCAGAAACACGACUCAGAGUGAAUGAUUUUCUGUGUUUGCCAAAUGUGUAAAUUUAAAAAAAGCUUUGAUAAUGAGUACAAGGUGAUGAUAUGUCAGGUUAGUCUCUUCAACAUACUGUAAGAAGAGUUCAUUAUGAAGUUUUAGAGCAUUAUUGAAGAGCACCACAAAUCAUUUUAGUGUGAGUCCCUGUGUCAAAUCUCAGUGUGUCAAAACCUGGACCAAAAAAAAACAACAAAAAAACUUUACUAGAAAUAAGUGAGAAAAUAUAUUUGGUUGUAAUUUGGGUGAACUGACCCUUUAACAAAAUGUACAGUCUCUUCCUCACCUUCACAGUGAGCUUCACAG